CCAUAGUGAAAUGUGAUGCCUAACACAGAACAGACCUCCUCCAAAGCCCGUUGGCUCCUCACUUCGCUAUGCGCCCGUCCAGCCAGCCAGACUCAACCCAGCAGCGGUUCACUAACUCCUUCCCCCGCCCCAAGCUCUCAUUGUUCCCCCUCCAAGAUGGAGGCGCUGGAGGUUUUGGGGGGCUACCCGACCAAGCCCUCGAACCCUCGAUCACGAAUGGUCAGGGUUCUACUGAGUAUGACUGUUGUUAUGGGAUGUUUAUUAACGCUACAUAGUUUUCUCAAAAUCACUAAGUCGCGGAAGCCGCAAGAUUUCUACUCUUUUGAGGUGAAGGACGCCAAAGGGAGAAGCGUUUCUCUGGAGAGAUACAGAGGCAAAGCGUCUCUGGUUGUCAACGUGGCGAGCCACAGCGAACACACAGAGAAUAACUAUCGCUCUCUGCAAGAGCUGCACCGGGAACUGGGGACGUCCCAUUUCAACGUGCUGGCUUUUCCCUGCGGCCAGUUCGGGGAGACCGAGAUGGGGACCAGCCGGGACAUCGAGGCCAACGCCAAGAACACCCAUGGCGUCACCUUCCCUAUUUUCAGUAAGAUCAAAAUCAUGGGAUCGGAGGCGGAGCCAGCUUUCAAAUUCAUAACAGAUUCUGUAAAAAAGAUUCCGAAGUGGAACUUCUGGAAGUUCCUGGUGAACCCUGAGGGCCAGGUGGUGAGGUACUGGAAGGCAGAGGAGCCCGUCGACAGCGUUCGUCAGGAGGCCACGGCCAUGGUGCGCGAGAUCAUUCUGAAGAAAAGGGCAGAGCUCUAACAGCGUGGAACUUGUCAAGACAGGAGUGACUACACCUCUUGAGUUCGAUUGAACGUUCCUGGGGUACUGUGCGACGGACGAACAUUUCAACACACUUUAUUAUGAUUUGACCACUUUGACAAACUUUGCAGAAGAUCAUGUUCAUUGCACUGUAGGUGGGUUUAGUAUUUUACUGGAUGGCAACAGGACUACAAUAAGAGUGUGUGUGUGUGUGUGUGUGUGUGUGUGUGUGUGUGUCUCUGUGUGUGUGUGUGUCUCUGUGUGUGUGUGUGUGUGUGUGUGUGUGUGUGU